GCCCCAUGAGUCUCCUAAAUCCGCCGGUGUCGCUCAAUUACUCAUAUGUAUGGGUGGUAUUUACAUUUCUUUUCUGUCGUGGGCCCUUCUCCAAGAAAGAAUUACAACCACAUCCUAUGGAGAUUCUGCGUCGCCAGAAGUCUUCACUUUUUCGAUUUUCUUGAAUACGAUCCAGUCGACGUUCGCGACGUUAACCAGCUAUACUUACCUCCUUUUUACGUCUAAGAAAGGACUAUCGGUGCCUCCAGUCUUUCCGUCAAGGCGCAUUUUUGCUCCUCUCGUGCUCGUGGCAAUAACGUCAUCGCUGGCAUCUCCGUUUGGCUACGCAAGCCUUAAACAUAUCGAUUAUAUAACUUUUAUACUUGCGAAGUCAUGCAAGUUACUUCCCGUGAUGGCCUUGCAUCUCACAAUUUUCCGCAAGCGUUAUCCGCUCUAUAAAUACGCUGUUGUGGCAUUAGUCACAGCCGGCGUUGCCAUUUUCACGCUUCACCACCCUUCGUCGUCGAAGAAAUCCAAGACGCAUAAUAAUGGAAGCAGUUCUUGGGGUCUUUUACUGUUAAGCGUCAACCUCCUCUUUGAUGGGCUCACUAACUCUACUCAAGACUAUGUCUUUCAGAAUUUUAAGCCAUACUCCGGACCACAAAUGAUGUGCGCACAGAAUCUCAUGAGUACACUUUUGACAGGGCUCUAUUUGCUUGUUUCUCCUUACCUUGUUCACACAAAUUUUGGUGAAUAUGUUGGCAUGGCUACGGCAAAUAAUCAAGGGGAAUUUACCGCAGCUUUAUCUUUCAUUCAUAGGCAUCCCAACGUUGGAAGAGAUGUUCUUGGGUUUGCUGCUUGCGGAGCGCUUGGUCAAUUGUUUAUUUUCUAUACAUUGGCAAACUUUUCCUCUCUCCUAUUAGUCACAGUGACAGUAACACGCAAAAUGUUAACUAUGGUAUUAUCCGUGGUGUGGUUCGGACACCACCUGAGCCGGAUGCAAUGGUGGGGAGUGGGUCUCGUUUUCGGCGGUGUUGGAGCCGAAGCUAUCGUCCAGAGAAGAGAAAAAGCGGCAAAAGAAAAAGUGGCAAAACGACAGAAAAUACGUUAAGCUUUGAAGGCUGUAAAUUCCCAUCCACUCUUAGAAGAUAAAGUCAUUGUUGCAUUUUUUCGCGAGGGAAGUAAAAUAUUAGAACUCGGGCAUUAGCAUUUGUUUAGCCAGCAGCUCCGUAUAUUGGGUUUAUCCUUCAUUGCAUCCUCAAUUGAAGAUCAUGCCGCUUACUUUAUGCACAAAUUUUUUGGGAAAGCACUGAAAACCCGUUUAGAUUACGGAACAAGAAGCAUUACUUUCAAAAAUUCUCAAGUAUUGGGCCAUGGGAAAGCUUCUAUCAUAUUAAUUGCAAGGUUGCGCUGCCAAAGCUCGGGAC